UCUAGAUGUUAUACUUUUUACCUGAAGCUGCUAAUGUCUUUAUCCAAUACUGAGGUUAGACAAAGAUCAAAUUCAUCACCGUUGUCUCCGAGGGGUUUUCAGUUCUUAGGCAGGCGCAACUGGAACGCAGCAAGAGACUUGCAGAGAUACAGACAUGGUUACCCGGGUUUGAUACAAUCAGAAAAUGAGGAGGAAGAGGAAAUGUGGAACUUGAGCUUUUAUAAAAAUGAGAUUUCUUUUGUACCUCAUGGUUUGCAUAUUGAAACUCUGCUUGAAUCUUGGUGGGACAACUAUGAAGUUCUGGAAGAAAACCAUUCUUACAUACAGUGGCUGUUCCCUUUACGUGAGCAUGGGAUGAACUGGCGUGCCAAACCACUCACAUCUCAAGAAAUCCAGGCUUUUAAGAAGUCCAAGGAAGUUAUGCAAAGGUUUGUACGUGCUUAUCGGCUCAUGCUGAGAUUUUAUGGAAUCACUCUGAUCAACGAGAAAACUGGAGAACUUGAGAGAGCAGAGAAUUGGGCUGAACGAUUUCAAAACUUGAACCGGUUUAGCCACAACAAUUUGCGGAUUACACGCAUCCUGAAGUGCCUGGGGGAGAUGGGAUAUGAACACUAUCAAAUGCACUUGGUAAAGUUUUUCCUAACAGAAACUCUUGUUAAGGAGACGUUACCAAAUGUUAAGAGAAGUGCCUUGGAUUACUUCCUGUUCACCAUCAGAAGCAAACAGAAGAGAAGAGAACUAGUCUACUAUGCUUGGCAACACUUCAAACCUCGAGGCAGCUUUGUAUGGGGACCGCACGACAAACUCUUGAAGUACAAAGCGCGCUCUACCAAAUCACAGUUGCCCCAAAAGACUGAAGAUAAACAGGAAACUCCUGGUAAAAAAUGUGAUGAUUCCGUGGAAAAGGAUCAGAAACAGUCUCUAGAGGAAGAACAGAAAGCUGGAGAUGCUGCAGACUUGCAGCCUAAAGCGAACGAUGAAGAUGUAAAAGAGAAGCUAAGCAAGUGUGUUUCGAAGGGAGGAGAUGGUGAAGAGGAGAAAGAGGCUUCAUUUACCCAGCAGGAGGAGAAGGAUUUACACAGUGAGACUGAAGAAGUGCAGGAUACGGCAGAAAAUGAUUGCACAAAGGAGAGCAAGAAGAGAAAACUGGAUGCAAAUACGGCAGAUGCUAAAAAGAGUGGGCCAUUGAAAAGCCCUACUGAUAUCGAAAACAUUUCCCGCAAUCUGGGAGAAUGUGCAAUUGAUGCAGAAAUCUCCUCCUCAGUUCCACCCUUAAAAGCAGAAGAGGACCAGGAAACACUGAAAGAAGAUGAUGCAAGCACCAAAGACUCAACAGUGCCGGAAACAGCCGAUGCAGCUGUAAAACGGAGGAAAGUUGAUAAAAAAACAUCGAGAACGUUCAACUUGGCCAUAAACCUGAACAUGGGGCCCUCUGCCUCUAGUGCCAAGUUAAAUCCAUCUGUCGCAAACAGUGAGGCUGAAAAAGAAAAUGAUAGUGAGAAAAAUGCAACUGUGAAAGCAACAA